CCGGCAGUGAAGCGCUGCUCGAAACCCCAUGUCUGCAGGCCUCUGUCUCUGCAAUCCUCGCACACACGCGCCUCCAUGACGGCCAUGGCCAGUCCCAGUCCCCCGACGCUUGAUCUCGAGGCGCUGAUCCAGAGUCUGCCUGCAUGCAAGAGAUGCCGAGAGUGUCGCCGUGGCUGUGAUACGCUACUCCCCAAGUGCAGGCAGUGCACAAAGGCCGGCGUCGAGUGCGUCUUCUACGACCAUGGGCGCAAUGAACUGCUAUCUCGAAGCUACAUCAGCGGGCUUGUAAAUCGUGUGCGCAGUCUAUCAAGCGAGCAUCCUUCGCCCGCUGCCUCGGGUGGCGCCGUGGAUCAUGGCGCAUUCAGCGCACAGGUCGAGGCUGAACCCUUCGCAGCAGAUGUGCAACACCAUUUCGCUGAGGCGGGCAACAGCUAUCGAUAUCUGGGCGCAGAGUCCUGCCUCCUCAAGUCGCCCAGAUUGCAUACUGCACAAAACAUUCGCAGCGAGCAAGCCGACGAUGAACUCGACCAAUGGCACUUUGCCAACAAAGGCUCGGCCGAAAAGCAGUAUGAGCUGAUGCAACUGUACCUCGAGAUUGUCCAGCCCGUCUAUCCCAUCCUGGACCCUUCACUGCGCUAUCUGAGGCCCGAGUUACCCACCGACCUCUCUUCCACCGAGCGAUUCUCCUUGUGCAUGAUUUACUCCAUCGCAUGCUACAUUCUCCCCAAUACUGGCAAGAAACAAGCAAACAGCCAAGGCUGGAGCCCCUCAGGUAGGCUUUCAUAUCACCAGGCCAACUCAAUCAGGUACCGCGCCUUGGCCACGCAGUAUUUUGCCGACGCCAUGGAGCACCUGGAUGUCGCAACCUUGGAACCAAAUAUUGAUACAAUCCGCUCCAUCCUGCUGCUUGCCAUCAACAGCUCAUUCGACCCCUUGGCCGGCAAUAUCGGACAGCAAGUGGCUCUCGCAGGACGUCUGGCCUUUGAUCUCGAGUCCAAAAGAGCAUUACAGGAGCUGGAACCAAAUGAUGCUGAGAUGCUUAGGGCCAUGCACAUGACCAUCUUUUGUCUCGAAAACCAGCUUGCAUCCACCCUGGAUCGACCUGCAUCCUUCCCAGAGCCUGAAACAGAACUGUGCUUUGACAAGAGUAAACCCGCCGAGUAUCUCUGCUCGUUGUAUCGCAUGCAAAACCGCUUCCGCAAGGGCGACGCAGUGGAAAAAGAGAACGUAAAGAAGUUGCUGCCUCUCUUUGAUGAAAAGGAUGAACUACUGCCCGUCAUACGCACCACCUUGCACACGACGCAUCUCUUGCUCAAUCCUUGCUGGGGAAGCGCGUGGCAUGUCCUAGAGGCAGUAGUAAGCUACGGCAGCGUGCACGUCUUCAGCACGCCACACUGGGUCUACCGUGCCGGGACCGUCCUCAUCCAGAACAUGCCCGCAAUCUUUGGCGGCAACCUUAUCCAGCUCUAUUCCAACGCUCUUCUCGUCCUGGAGCUGUCUUCUUGGAAAUGGCCUAGUUCCGCUGCUCUGUCCGCAUCACUGGUCGAUUUGAUGCAACAAAUGAAGACAAAGUACAGGCCAGAUUGGUCAGACAAACUUCAACACGGUGGCAUUUCCUAUUCUCCUGCUACACAAGAUGUACGCCUGAGACAGCUUGCCAGCCAUGAUGAAAAGUCACAUGUGCAAUAUUGAUUGCAAGGAACGCCCAUGUUUUCUCUUUGCCGACGACUCUUUGGUUUUCUUUUCCUUUUUUUCGGCGUCACGUUUCUGUCAUUCGCAUGUGUAAUAUGGGCAAAAUCUUCUUUUCUAGCCAGGAGUUUUGUUGGCUCUCGUUUUGGGUAAUGGUGAUGAAAACAAUCACGUGUAUUUAUAUGUUUAAC